AUGGAUGCAGAUCAGUUUUCGCGUUUAAUGGAAAUGCAAAGGCAGGCGAUGCAGGCUCUGAUUGGUUCAGUGAAAACCGUUCAGUUGAACCAGCCUGCGGCAUCGGUUGUAGGGAGCGCAGCCGCGUCGUCUGUUCCGCUGCCGCCGCCGCUAGAAUUGGAGGGCGACAUGGAACAAAAUUUCAACUUUUUCGAAGAGAAUUGGAAGACCUAUGCCAGUGCGGUCGGCAUGGAUGCGUGGCCGGCUGAUCAGAACAAGCAAAAGACGAGUAUUUUGCUAUCGGUGGUUGGAAAACACGCGCUGAAAAAGUUUUUUAAUUUCGAACUGAAUCAGGCUCAGCAAAAUGACCCGGAACUGGCUCUCGCGGCGAUAAAGAGCAAAGUUGUGCGUGAACGGAACAAGUUCGUCGACUGGUUUGAUUUUUUUUCGCUGAUGCAAGAUUCCGCAGAAAGUAUUGACAAUUAUUUGUGUCGUGUGAAAUCGCUCGCGAAACUCUGCAAGUUCGGUGUGCUCGAAGGGGACAUGAUCAGGUAUAAACUUGCUACAUCGAUCAAGUGGAUGAAGCUUCGUUCCAAGUUGAUCACGACCCAAAACUUGACGGAAGCGCACGCCAUGGAUUUUGGUGUCGAGAAAGUGUGUAAGGCGGAUCGGAAGAAGAAGCUCCGAGUGAAGCAAGUGCGCGAAGAAAGCAGCUCCGAAAAUGAUUCAGCGGAGAGCAGUGAUAGCGACAACGAUGAGUCGUCCUGCGCUCAGAAUAUCGUCAAACGACACGAGGAGGUUUUUCACGGUAUCGGUAAAUUCGCCGGAGCCGUGUCUUUGGAAGUUUCUGCCGACGUCUCACCUUCGAUCCAGCCACCUCGGAGAGUUCCAAUCGCAUUGAGAGAGAAGCUGAAGAAAGAAUUGAAGAAUCUGGAGCGCGAUGGGUUGAUCGUGAAGGAGAAUCGCCACACCGAAUGGGUUAGCAAUAUUGUGUUGGUCAAACGCAAGGAGCAGAAAUCGGAAUCAGUUCGUGUCUGUCUCGAUCCGAUACCGUUAAACGCAGCGCUCAAACGUCCCCAUGUGCAAUUCACCACUAUCGACGAAAUUUUGCCCGAAUUAGGAAAGGCGAAAGUAUUUUCAACAGCGGACGUUCGCAAGGGUUUCUGGCAUGUGCUAUUGGAUGAGAAGAGUAGCCGAUUAACAACGUUUUGGACACCGUUUGGGCGGUACCCAUGGAUUCGUCUACCAUUCGGGAUCGCUCCCGCUCCGGAUAUCUUUCACAUGAAGCUACAGGAGGUGAUUCAAGGAUUAUUGGGGGUGGAGUGUGUUGCUGACGAUUUGCUGAUUUACGGCUCAGGAGACACGUUGGAGGAAGCUCUGGAGAACCACAAUAUCUGCUUGGAGAAGUUGUUGGUUCGCUUGAAGGAAUGCAACGUUAAACUGAACUUCAGCAAACUCAAACUGUGCGAAACGUCGGUCAAGUUCUACGGACACGUGUUGACGAACAAAGGACUUCAGCCGGACGAAAGCAAAGUCGCAUCAAUCAAGAAUUUUCCGCGUCCGUCAGAUCGAAAGCAGCUUCAGAGGUUCAUUGGAAUGGUGAACUACCUCAGCCGUUUCAUACCAAAUCUCAGCGCUAAUUUCACCGUCCUUCGGCGAUUGAUUUCGGAGAAAGAGAAUUGGGUUUGGUCAGAAAAGGAAGAAGAGGAGUUCGAUCGUGUCAAGCGUUUGGUAGCAGAUGCUAACACACUGCGAUACUACAAUGUAAACGAGCCAAUAGUGAUCGAGUGUGAUGCUAGUUCUUACGGUCUAGGGGCAGCUGUUUUCCAAAGCCAUGGGAACUAUGCGCAAAUCGAAAAGGAAUUGCUCGCUAUCCUCUUCGCUUGUGUACGGUUCGAUCAACUAAUUGUCGGAAACCCUAAAAUCACCGUAAAAACUGAUCACAAACCGUUGGUUACCGUGUUUCGGAAGCCGCUACUUUCUGCACCGCGACGUCUACAGCACAUGUUGCUUAAUCUGCAGCGCUACCGACUGACGAUCGAGUUUGUGACGGGGAAGGACAACGUGGUGGCUGACGCGAUAUCCAGGGCACCGUUCGACGAAAACCUUGCUGAUGAUAGGUUUAAUAAGCGGAACAUCUUUCGAGUAUUCCGUGAAAUCGAGGAAGUCAAUCUCUCCAGUUUCCUGAAAGUGAAGGAUGAGCAGUUGAACGAGAUCAUUGCAGCGACAGAAGCGGACACGUCAUUGCAGCAGGUUGUGCAGUUCAUUCGUGAUGGUUGGCCGACAUCAGUUGAUAGAGUUCCGGAUAGUGCCAAAAUGUUCUUCAAGUACAGGAACGAGCUUAGCACACAAGAAGGGAUCAUCUACCGUAAUGACAGAAUUGUGGUUCCAUAUACGUUACGUCGGAAGUUAACAGCUAAGGUGCAUGUAAGCCACAACGGUAUGGAGGCGACUCUUAAGUUGGCACGCGCCAACCUUUUCUGGCCUGGAAUGAGUGCCCAGAUUAAGGAAGCUGUUGCACAGUGCGGUGUGUGCGCUAAAUACCAACCAUCUCAAACCCCAGCACCAAUGCAGAGUCACCCAAUUCCGGUAUACCCAUUUCAGUUGGUAUCAAUGGAUGUCUUCUUCGCAGACUACCAGGGAAGGAGUAGCAAAUUCCUAGUUACCGUUGACCAUUUUUCGGAUUUUUUCGAAGUUGAUCUCCUGAAAGAUUUGACACCGAGAGCGACUAUUGCUGUCUGUAAAUCCAACUUUUCUCGACAUGGAACGCCGCAACAGGUUAUUUCAGGCAACGAGACAAAUUUUGUCAAUCGAGAGUGGAAGCAGUUUGCAAGAGAAUGGGACUUCUAUCAUUCAACAUCAGCACCUCACCAUCAGCAGGCUAACGGAAAAGCUGAAGCUGCCGUAAAGAUAGCUAAACGAUUGUUGAAGAAAGCGGAAGAAGCUGGCAACGAUUUUUGGUAUGCAUUGUUGCAUUGGAGAAAUGUACCGAACAAAGUGGGUUCCAGUCCGGCAGCACGGUUGUUUUCUCGAAAUACUCGCUGCGGGGUACCGAUGUCUACAAGCAAUCUGAAGCCAAAACUUGUGUCGGGUGUUCCUGAAGCGAUUGAAGAAAGAAGGCGAAAAGCAAAGUUCCAGUAUGACAGGAAAACAAGAAAUCUGCCAAAUUUGGAGACAGGAUCUGCAGUCUACGUGCAACUUCAACCAGAAACAUCUAAAAAGUGGACACCUGCCAGAGUUAGCAACAAGUUGAAUGAGCGGUCUUACGUAGUAGACGUGGAUGGUAUGCAGUAUCGGCGUGAUUUGGUGCACUUGAAACCACGUAAUGAACCCCAGACGCCUGAAGUGAAUCCAGAUCAAGUCGCCAUGCCCAACGUUGAACCGGUUGCCACGGAGCAGAUGGCGCUGCCGGUCUCUGAUGGAGCUGUGUCUAAUCAGGAAGCGACCAUCAGUGUUCCUGAUACCAUUAAUCCAGAGGCGACGUCAGCAGUGCAGCUACCGAAGACCUCGAGAGCUACCAGACCAUCCAAGGAUUCGUUUGUUGAGGAAGGUCAAAGCAAUAGACCUAAGAGAAAUGUCAAACUACCAAUGCGAUUGAAAGAUUAUUGUCUUGAAUAA